AUGCUCGGGCGGCCUGUCCAGGCAGAAGGCGUCCUGGGCCGGCGGAGCCUGGGAGGCCUGCGGAGUUCCCGGGCGCGGCUUCCAACGAGCACCCGGUCGGGCAGCGGUGUGUCCGUCGGGAGGGCCGCACUUCCUGAGAACCGGGCGGCGCCGAGGGGCCCGAGCGCGGGCAGGUGCGCCAGGACGGCCUCCGCGCCCGCAGGGAGCGCCCCCGCCCGGCCAGCACGUUCGGCCGCAGGCCCGCAGGCUUCCUUCCCCGGCCCAGCGGUCGGGGCGGCGGGUCCCCUGCGGAAAUUCGCCGGCCAGCGGCGUGCGCGUCGAGCUGACGGGCCAGGUCUCCGGGCUACGGGGGACGAAAGCGACCCCGCCCCGCCCGCUGCCGGAGGAGCCGGCUUCGAGCUCCGCCGCCCUCCCAGCCGCGGUUUAAAAGCCCCGCGACCCUGCAAGGACCCGGAACCGGAAGCGCGGGCGCAGGGGAUGGGCAGGGGCCUGAUGGCCCUCCAGAGCAUGGCCGGCCGGCACGAGCGGCCCCCUGAGCGGAAAGUGCACAGCAAACAGCGCUCCCUGAGCAAGUCGGCCCAGGCCGUCAGCCGCCACUACAAGAGGCAAUGCAGCCGCCCCAGGGACACCAGCUUUGUGUCCGAAGCGGAGGGGCUGCGCAGAGCGUUCCUCCUGCGUCCUGGCUGCCCCCAGUUCAGCACCAGGGCCACGUCCAUGUCUCACUGCGGGGCAGCCGGGACCGUCCCUUUGCAGGAGGAGUUGUGCGUGGGUGUGGAGAGCUGGAAGGUGACCCGGGACCUGCUUUCCAACCCGCAGGGCUUGGACACCCAGGACAACGGGCGUCUCCUUCCCUUCAGUAAGAGUGCCUGUGAGUUCAACUACUUGCAGAAGAGGAGUGAAUCCCAGACGCUGAGCCCGGUCCUGAGGGGGCGGGUGCCCUGGUACAUAUCCGUCAUCCAUGAGAAGCUGGAGUGGGGAGGGUCUGUGUGGCCCUAUGGCACAUGGGGCCUGCCCCCGUCUUCUGCCCAGGAUCACUGUCUGCUCAUGCUGGGGGAGGAAGUGCAGCGCCUCUCUGAGCUGCAGCUGCAGGUGCAGAAGAAAGAUGAGGAGAUCUUGGCACUCCAGGGGGAGAGGGGGGUCUUGAAGAAGCAGCUGAAACACCUCCUGAAAAGCGAAGACCAAGAGUCAUCAGUGUGCCGGGGCACGAGGGAACGGCCCUCUGAGCCCAUGUCUAAGCUGCUGCCGGGGAGGCUGAGCAUCCUGAAAACCUUAGACCGCGAUGAGCCGCAGCGCUGGGAGCGGGUGCAGGAGGAGUACGCCAUGACCGACAGAGGCAAGGAUGUGGCUGGAGGCAGCGGCGAGGCAGAGGAGGGCCUGCAAGGAGAGGCCCAGAGGGCAGAGGACGAGGGCACUCAGGGCGCAGCGGGCCAGGAGGAGGCCGAGCUCGAGGAGCAGCGGCAGGAGGUGGUGGAGCUGGAGGAGGAGAAGGAGGUGGUGGAACUCGAGGACUCGGGCAGGAGAAGGACGUGCUCCCUGGACGAGGUGUUUGAGGAGGAGCUGAUGGCCCAGCUGGAGGAGUGCGAGCAGGUGAUCCGGGAGUUCCAGUUCGAGCUGGACAGCACCCGGACCAGAUACUCGCUGGCAACAGGAGCCAUCACGUCCUUACAGCGGCAAGUGGACUUCCAGGAAUCCCAACUGCAGAAGGUCAACAUGGAGAAUGAGAUGCUGCAGAAGGAGCUUCGAGAGCGGAAGCAGCAGCUACAGGCCAUGUCGGAAAAGUUCUCCAACAUCCGGGAGGACAAGAAGCACGAGGAGCUGCUGGGGACCAUCGAGAAGGACAACCUUCUGCUCCGGCAGCGAGUGUUGGAGCUGGAGAGAGAGCUCGCCAGGCAGGAGUGCACCACCUUGGAGUUCAAGGCUAAGGUCAGCCAGCUGCAGGCCCAGCUGAACCAGAGCCAGAACCACCUGCAGAGACACAAGCAGCUGCAGGAGGAGAUGCAGAACAGGAUCGAGAUGAUUCAGCAGGGGGAGCAGCAGGCCCGCGUGGCCCUGGCGAGCGCCCAGUCCCGGCUGGAAAGACUAAGAAACAAGACCAUGCAGGCCACCUUCAGCACCACAGGGAUCAAGUCCUUGGCCACCGAGGUCUCCGACAAUGACAUCCUGGAAGCCUUGCAGAGGAUCAUCUCAGAGAGGGCGGACUACUACAGUCAGCUGAAACAGAAAGGUGUCCCGCUGCCACCCCUGCACCAGUCAGAGGUCUCACCCUCGCCCAGCAAAUCCAAGAAGGCGGUCUCCAAGUAGGUGGGGCCGGGACCCCAGGCGGCCACCGUCCCAGCAGAGGAGCUGCCCCUGGGAGCCCCACCUUCUCCCUCUCAGAAUUAAAACCUCGUUGCCCACCUUGGCCUCAGCUUUCUUUCCCCCAGGACCAGAGACAUCCCCCAUUCCACAACUCACUCACUGGGGGUUAGCACCGCAGCCUGUACCCCUGGCUCCCUGGGAGACCCCACAGUAGCAAGGGUCCUCUCCAGCGGUCCCAGGCUUAGGAGCCCUGAGACUGGGCGCGCGGUCCCUGCAUCGGGUCAGACCCCACACGGGUCUUGCUGUAGAUGUGACUCCUCCUGUAGGGCCUCCCUUAGCCCAGGGCCCUUGACGGGGCGACCCUUCUGCAAGGAAGGGGAGGGCGGCGGACUCCUGCUCCAUCGCCGC